UCGGUCGCUGGCUGGCGAGUCCUGCCGUGUGUUCUCGCUCCUCUAUCACCAUGCCGGGGCCCGGGGCGCCCUUUGCGCUCUUGGCCGCUGCUGUCCUGCUAGCGGUGGCCCUUGUCCUCUCGGGCCCCGGGAGGCCGCCGCCCACUCAGCUGCCGCCAAGCCUGCUGCAGGAGCUGGAGCAGCGGCGACGGGAUCUGAGCCGCUUGGCCGCCGCCUCGUCGGUCCAGGAGGGCGCUUUUUCUACUCCGGAUCCUCCAGGACGCGCCGCGGCUGCCGACGCCUUGGGUUGCGCGGAUCUGAACGGCAUAACGGGCGUGGGCUUGGUGGGCUCCGGCAUCACCAAGCUGGUGCUGCGAGCUUCUCUGCCGCCCGGGGGCGAGGAGGUCGCCCUGAAAUCCGUGCACUGGGCCGGCGGCGACGUGAGCCGCUGCGUGCAACGCUACGGACACCCGGCAGGUUGCCACCAACUCGCCACUUACAAACUGCUCAAAGAGAUGGCCCUGCUGCAGCGCCUGCAUCACCCUGGCAUUAUCAAGUUGCGUGGUCAAUGCUAUGAUAGCAGCUUAGAUCCUGAAAUGAAGGUCACCACUAUAUUGGAGUUGGGAACUCCCUUGGAGAUGAUUCAGCUUCUGCAGACCUCCUGGGAAGAGAGAUUUAAAAUUUGUCUAGAUCUAGUUCAGCUGCUCUACUAUUUGGCAAAUUCUCCUCUGGGCUCUUGUGCCCUUCUGGAUUUCCAGCCCAGGCAAUUUGUUCUGGUGGAUGGGAUCCUGAAAGUUACAGACCUGGACGACGUGAGCACUGAAGAAUUGUCCUGCAGGAGGGAUGAUGACUGCACGCUCGAAUUCCCCACAAGAAGCUUUUUUCUCAAAUGUACCACAGAUGGGAAAUGUGAAGGGAUAAAUGAAAAAAGGAAUCUCUUCAAUGCAUACCGGUAUUUUUUCACGUACCUCUUGCCACACACUGCACCCUUUGCUUUGCAACCCAUUCUGAAGGACAUCCUGAAUGCAACAGGUGACUUACGAUAUGGAGCAAAUGAAACCCUGAUUGCUUUUCAGAAAGUUUUGCAUUUAUACAAGUCUGGAUUUUAUCUGCAGAAAAAACGGUUUCAUUUAAAAGAAUACAUUGCCUUAAAGGGAUUCUAUAGUGCGGAUACAGAGGACUAUAAAUGCUGGCUCUCUUACAGCAAUUUGGGAUGCGUGUUGUCUGUUCACAAUGCAGAAGAAGCUGCAGCUAUUUGCAGUUCCCACCCACAAUGCCGGCAUUUUAUCAUCACUCCACGGAGGACAUGGACAGGACGUCCUCUUGCUUUGUUUCAGAGCAACUUGACUGACUUAAUUUCAGGCGGUAACAUGGUGGCUUAUGUCAAACGGUCUGCAGCCUCGAAGGAAAGUCUCUACCCAGAAGCCUGAAGAGUAUCUAGCUGUUGGAGAAGGAAUCAUUGGGACUAAUUUCACCUGCCCAAAGGGAUGACAUACUCCUUUAAAAAUUUCUGCUUCAGGAUGUUGCUCUGUGCCAGCUUCACUGAGUCAAUCUGUACCAUCUCCCUGAUCAAAGCAAACUUUCCCCAUGUAAUAUGCCACCACUCCCAGAACAAUCUUGCCUGGUGGUUUAUCUGUUUCCAAGCUUGGUGGUUUCUUAGCAAUGUUGCACCAUUUGAUUUCAAACAGUGCUAAAACCUUGCAAAGGAACCACUGUAGCAAGAGAAGCCAGAAAUCAGCUCACUAGCCAAGGAAUGUAGAGCAUCAUAAGAGCGCACCAAAAAUGGCUAAUUGGCGCUAUUGUCAAUUAUCUGACUCUGGCUACAGGUUCUGUAAGCUGGGCAUGCUUAUAAUUGGAGCAAGGCUUGUCCUUUUAAAAAAAAAAAACACACACACACACGGUUACAACUGCACCCCUCCCAGAUCAGAAUCUGCGCAGAAGCAAUUCAUUAUAAAAAAAAAUCUGGGGCAGAGUUUACCCAAACCAGGGGUUUGAAUGCACACGAUGCCGUCAUCGAAGUCUAUUCAGUGCCUGAACAGGUGGCUGCCUGGGAACCACAUACAUGCUACCUUGAGAUCCAUCAUCAUCAUCAUCAUUAUUUUUACAUUUAUAUCCUGCUCUUCCUCCAAGGAGCCCAGAGCGGUGUACUACAUACUUGAGUUUUUCCUCACAACAACCCUGUGAAGUAGGUUGGGCUGAGAAAGAAGUGACUGGCCCAGAGUCACCCAGCUAGUUUCCUGGCUGAAUUGGGGAUUUGAACUCUGGUCUCCCCGAUCCUAGUCCAGUACUCUAACCACUACACCACACUGGCAAGAUACAGAAGUAAUGCAUAGCUAAAUAUUGCUAAGCCUCAUUAAUUUCAGUGGGUGGGUUAAGCAAGUGUUUUAAUUCUCUCCCACUGAAAUCGUAGGGACUUUAAACAACUUCUUCCUUUCCCGGUAUAAAUAAGCAGUGUGGAUUCAGGUAUGCUGCUGGCAGAACACAGCUGGAGCUAGUCUGCCUCUCUGAAAGCAAUAGUGGAACAUAGGAAGCUGCCAUAUACUGAGCCAGACAAUAGGUCUAUCUAGCUCAGUAUUGCCUAGCCCGAUUGGCAGUAGGGAUGUGCAUGAACCGGUCCGGAAGCCUUUGUAGAGGCCUCUGAACUGGUUCGA